CAUCACUCAACGUGUUGAUGCUGCUGCUGCUGCUGCUUGAGACGCGGGAAGCGGAAUCCAAACAGAUUGGCAGGCGACGCUGGCCAAUGCGAGGCCUCGGCCCGGCUGAGGCUCCGUUCUCGUCGGCCAAUCGCGGCUGGCGCUUGGCCGGGGAGGGGCGGGGCUGUGAUGCAGCGCGUGGUGGUGUCAGAGCAACAGACGCUCUUCAGUCACACAAGAGACGGAAUCCGACUAAAAGAGGCUCUGCUCAGUGAGAGGCAUUACCCUGCAGUCCCAUUCAAAGAACACCGUUCCUGGCAGGCUGGCCACUGCCCCUCCCUCCUGCCUCCAUGUAUCCUGAAUCUACCACAGACUCUCCUGCUCGCCUCUCCCUCCGACCGACUGGCUCACCGGGCAUGAUCUACAGCGCUCGUUAUGGGAGCCCCAAACGACAGCUGCAAUUCUACAGAAACCUUGGGAAGUCGGGCCUGCGGGUGUCCUGCCUUGGAUUAGGAACAUGGGUGACGUUUGGCGGACAGAUAACGGAUGAGAUGGCAGAGCAGCUGAUGACUAUGGCGUAUGAGAAUGGCAUCAAUCUGUUUGACACUGCGGAGGUCUACGCUGCUGGAAAGGCAGAGGUGGUGCUUGGAAACAUCAUAAAGAAAAAAGGAUGGAGACGUUCAACUCUGGUGAUAACGACAAAGAUCUUCUGGGGUGGAAAAGCUGAGACUGAAAGAGGUUUAUCCCGAAAACACAUUAUAGAAGGUUUAAAAGCCUCUCUAGAAAGACUGCAGUUAGACUAUGUGGACGUGGUGUUUGCAAAUAGACCGGACCCUAAUACACCCAUGGAAGAAACAGUUCGAGCAAUGACCCAUGUGAUAAAUCAGGGCAUGGCCAUGUACUGGGGAACAUCCCGCUGGAGUCCAAUGGAAAUAAUGGAAGCAUACUCUGUGGCGCGACAGUUCAACCAGAUUCCUCCCAUUUGUGAGCAGGCUGAGUACCACAUGUUUCAGAGAGAGAAGGUGGAGGUGCAGCUACCUGAACUCUUUCAUAAAAUAGGUGUGGGGGCCAUGACAUGGUCCCCACUGGCCUGUGGGAUCAUCUCAGGGAAAUACGACGGCAGGGUGCCUCCCUACUCUCGGGCCUCCCUGAAGGGCUACCAGUGGUUGAAGGACAAGAUCCUGAGCGAGGAGGGCCGGCGUCAGCAGGCGAAGUUGAAAGAGCUGCAGGCAAUCGCGGAGCGGCUGGGCUGCACUCUGCCCCAACUCGCCAUCGCGUGGUGCCUACGGAACGAGGGGGUGAGCUCAGUCCUGCUAGGAGCGUCCAACACCGACCAGCUGAUGGAGAACAUAGGAGCGAUACAGGUUCUUCCAAAGUUGUCAUCCUCCAUCACACAUGAGGUGGACAGCAUCCUGGGGAACAAGCCGUUCAGUAAAAAGGACUACCGCUCCUAACAGGAAGCACAGCCCCGCCCGGCAGGGCUGCACCCGGGCUGCAGCAGCGCCCCACCUUUGCCUGAUCCUCUGUUUGCUUGAGCUUUUACUAAGUGAGACCCUGGCGCAUGAGUCUGGCCACACCAAGGCCACGCAGGGCACCUCACUUAGAAGGAUAAGAUAAGAAAAAAGGGGAAAAAAUACAGUCACCUCCACAGGAAAUGAAAGGACAAAGAAAGACAAGUGGAUGAGGGAUAUGCGCUCAUACCUAAAUCAGUUAUACAUUCAAUUCAGCAGAACGUAUUUUAAAACCAUAGAGAAAAAUUACUUUUCAAAAAAAAUAAGCACACGCUUGCUUGGCAGCCAGAAUCAUUUUUUGUUUGUUUGUUUUUUCCAAAGAUGAUUGCAACUUAAAGGAAGAUGAAGUUCAUACUGUAUGGAUAUACAAGAACUCCUCUGUUGCACAUGUACAAUUUGUUCCUGGGACAUUCUAUUGACAAACCGUGUCCAUCAAGGUUUCUCUGAAAGAAGAGCUGUGUGUUUGUGUUGUUGUUGUCGACAUGAUCAGUAUUGGAGCCUGUCUGUGGGCUUUAACAAUCAGCACUUUAGUAUUGUCAGUAUAGGUGCUGGAGGGGAGUUAAAGGAGGAGAGAGGAUGGGUGUUACAGUAGUUUUAUCACACCACCAUUGCACUAUAAGAUUUUGCAUCACCUCCUGAUAGUUCCCUCUCCUCAUCCCCCCUCUGUGUUUUCACUGGCAGUGCAUUUGUCCAGCCUGAU